AUGGGGGGCACCCGCUUCAUCGGCUGCUAUUUGGUCGCCAAGCUUCGGGCACUGGGCCACCAAGAGCGCCUUCCAGGCAUUAGCGACGCGGAGUACCAGCAGAUGUUGGAGGGGGUCACCGUGCUCCGCGCGGAUCGGAAGCAGCCGGAGGAGUUGAAGCGUGCCAUCUCGGCAGCCGGUAAGUUCGACGUGGUCUUCGACAACAACGUCCGAAAGCUCGAAGAGAUUCAACCGGUCGUCCGGGGCGUCAAGGCCAAGGGCGGCUGCCAGCAGUUCAUCAUGAUGAGCAGCGCCGGGGUCUACGGCCCCACCGACGUGUUGCCGCUGAGCGAGGCCACCCCCGGCGACCCCAAGUCCCGCCACAAGGACAAGUUGGCAUGCGAGAAGUUCCUCCAAUCGGAAGGCUUGAACUGGACCUCGAUUCGCCCUGUGUACAUCUAUGGGCCACUCAACUACAAUCCUGUGGAGCGCUACUUCUUUGACCGCGUGACGCGGGGGCGACCCGUGUGCGUGCCCUAUGGUGGGAAGUACAUCACACAAUUGGGACACUGCGAAGACUUGGCGGAUUUCAUGGUGAAGUGCGUGGGGAACGGCGCCGUGAACGGGCAAGUCUACAACGUGUCCAGUCAGGAGUAUGUGACCUUCGAUGGCAUGGCCAAGGUGUGCGCGGAGGCUGCUGGAAUCACGGACCCAAAGAUCGUGCACUACGACCCGAAGAGCAUUGAGGUGCCGGAAGGCUAUCCGAAGGCCUUCCCCUUCCGCGGCAUGCACUUCUUCGCCUCGAUCGAAAAGGGGGAGGUGAUGCGGUGGUCGGUUGGUUUGGAGUUUGACUUGGCUUUGGGGAAGGAACAAGGGCAACACUUGAAGUGGAAGGAGCAAGAUUACUUGGCGCGGGGGUUCCACAAGAAGGACCCUGACUUCCGCACAGAUGACCUGAUCCUGCAGAAGGCAUGUGGCUGGAAAUUGAUGGGCGUGUCUGUGGGAUCAUCGAAGUCAAGUGCCUCUGGUGCUGUGAGGCAUAACUCGGGGUUCAGCUAUUCCUACAAUCGAGAUGCCUUUGCAGAUUUGGAGUUUGGGAAUGACGUGGGCUACCUGCCCGACGGAACUCCGAUGCACUCGGCGGGCAACGCCAUGAACCACCCCGAGACCAUUGGACCCGAUCCGCAUAGCCCGGGGGCACCGCUGCCCAGAGCGAACUUUGUGAAUGACGUCGCUGGGCCGGGAGUGGGGGGAGGUGGUUCGUGGGAGCUGAGUCGUUGUUCUUUUUCUGAAAGUGGUGAGAAAGGGGGGAUGAAGUGGUUUUCUUGGAGGUGUGGUAGUUUCUUGGAGGUUGAAGUGGUCUGA